AUGACACGAAAGAAUAAAGGAAAAAGUAGGAAGAGCAAUAAAAGCAGAAGCUCUCAAAAGGUAAUAGACGCAUACCAGAUUGCAGAAAGACAGGAGUAUAGGAAUAAACAUGGAGAUCACCAAGGACAAGAUGAGGAUGAGGGAAACUAUGCGAAUGAUUUAGCAUUUGAAGAGGGUAUAUUGGAUGCUCGGAAGCUUUUAAAGGACGGGCAAGAAGAGGAAGAUUUAUUGGAUGAAGAAAUAGACUCAGAUGAAGCUUUGGGAAGUGACGAUGAUUAUGAUGUUUUGGACAGUAAAAUCUCGCAAAGUAUACGAGAUAGGGCCAAGAGGAUGAAGAUAGGUCAGGAACGCGAAAGAGAAAGCGAGAGCGAGAGCGAGGACGAAGAAGCUUAUGAUAGUAUUGACGAAAGUCAAUUAGUAACCUUGUCUGAAGCUUGGGAUAUGGAUGAUCGAGAUUUAGCACUAUAUCAGGGUAAAGAGAAAAAUGAUAUUGUUUUGAACGACGAUUGGAAUUCUGAAAUCUCCUCUAGCGGUGAGAGCUCAGAUGAGGAAGACGGAGUGGAAGAAGACUGGGGUGAGACUUCUAGAAACUUAGAGGAGGAGGAGGAGGAGGAGGAGAAGGAGGAAGAAGAAGAUGAUGAUGAAGAAGAAGAAGAAGAUGAUGAUGAAGAAGAAGAAGAAGAAGAAACCGAUGAGGAGGAUAUAUUUGCUCACGAUUCUGCUGACGAUGAAGAUAUAAAUUUGACAAAGACAGCACGACAGUUGAAAAAGAAGUCCGAUAGCUUGAAACCAAAAGAACGCAAGAAAUUUAUUACUGAAAAUCGUGAUGAGCACGAGUUUAACGUACCUAGUGGCGGUCAAUCGUUAUCUCUAGAAGACAUGAUGCGAGCAGUGAAAGGUAACGCUGGGGAUGCAAUCUUGAUUGAUACAAAUUCAAAAGUUAUAGCUACACCUUUACCCAAAAGAAUUCAGCAGAGAAACGAUCGUGGAGCAGCUUAUGAUUUAGCCAAGAAAGAAGUCAGUAAAUGGACUGAUACGGUUCAACAGAAUAGACAAGCUGAAGUGUUGAAGUUCCCAAUGCAGCAGCCAGACUCAUUUACAAGUGACGACGCCAACACGUUCAGAACAGGACCUAAUCAAAAACCAUCGUCUGAACUAGAAAAGAAGGUGAAUGAUGUGCUUACUAAAUCUUCCUUGCUCGAUGAUAAAAAGGAAGCAACAUUUGAAGAGAUUGCUGUGGCAAAGCUAUCUGCAGAAGAGCUAUCUAAACGUACCAAUGAGUUCAGAUUAAUGAGAGAAUUGAUGUUUAGAGAAGAAAGAAGAGCCAAAAGAUUAAAAAAGAUCAAGUCCAAACAGUAUCACAAGAUCAAGAAGAGGGAGAGGUUGAGAAACCAAAACUUGGUUGAAGAAGCGGAAGGUAUCAGCGACAAUGAUGAAGAAGAUAAUGAUAGGAAUAGAGCACAAGAACGAAUGAGUCUUAAGCACAAAACACAACUGAAAUGGGCGCAAUCUAUGAUCAAGAGUGGAUUGUCUAAAGAUGCAUCUAAUCGUGAAGAAUUGGAAGAAAUGUUGAGACAAGGGGAGAAAUUGAGAGAGAAGCAACUAGGUAGAAAAAACGGGGAAGACGAUGAAAAUGAAGAUGAUGGAGUGGAUGAUAUUGAGCGAGACUAUGCAAACGAUGAGGAAAAAAUUGAUAGAAGCAAAUUGGGCAAAGGUAUAAUGGCGAUGGACUUUAUGAAGAAUGCAGAGCGGAGGAAAAGAGAAGAGAAUAUCAAAAUGAUUGAGCAAUUGAGGAGGUUUGAAAAUGGCGAAGAUGAUGGGUUAGCGUUGUUUGAAGAAGAUAAUGGUGCUGUGAACUUGACAAAAAACCAGGGUAGGAGAGUUUACAAUCCAAUCGCCAUAGAUAACAGCUCUAUUAGUGAGCAGGUUUUGAAUGAAGUUGAAGAUGACAAUGCUAAGAACUUGGCAAAAAAAGUGAACAAAGUCAAAGUUGUUGUACAAGAGGAUUCCAAGAAACAAGACCCAAAUGAAGGGGAAAAAGUGGAGCAUGCUGAUGAUGAUAAGUUCUCGUUCAACCCAUGGCUAUCCAUUGGAUCAGAGGCUACACCUUCCGAACCCAAACAGAAAUCCAACAAAGUUUUUGUAGUUGAUGAAAAUUCAUCCAAGUUUGAAAAGGCUGCUGCUAAAAUCGCAAAGCAAAACCUUAAGAAACAUAAAGCUGCAAAAGUUUUGAUUGAUACAAAUGACACAUUGGCAGUGAAUGAUAUACACAACGACGAUGAUAACAAUGUCUCUGAUGUUGAGAACGCCGCGGUUCCACAAAUGUUUAAGCAAAAAGAUUUGAUUAAAGAGGCAUUUGUAGGGGACGAUGUGAUUACGGAAUUUGAAAAUGAGAAAAAGAGGAUUAUUGAAGAUGAAGAUGACAAGGAAGAAGAUGUAACAUUACCAGGAUGGGGUGAUUGGGUUGGUGGUAAGUCCAAGCCAAAUUCAAAGAAACGGAAAAUUAUUAAGAAGAUUGACGGUGUGAUGCAAAGGGAUAAGAGGAAAGAUAAGAAUCUAAAAAAUGUCAUUAUAAAUGAAAAAGUCAACAAAAAGAAUUUGAAAUAUCAAUCCACUGAUGUUCCAUAUCCAUUUGAAACGAGAGAACAAUACGAAAGAUCACUUAGAAUGCCAAUAGGACAGGAAUGGACAAGUAAAGAAACGCAUCAAAGAUUAACUAUGCCGAGAAUCAUAACCAAACAGGGUAUGGUUAUUGAUCCAUUGAAAGCUCCGUUCAAAUAA